AUGUACGAACGCACUCGACACGGCGUCGGCCCCUUCGGACGCACCCUAUUCGCGAUCAUCUGGGCCUCGCUCUCGAUUCUGUUCCCGAUCAUCUGGAUGAUUCCCACAAAGUCAACCAUGGCAUUCUACGGCUCUGAUCUGGUCUUCACAGCGGGUUGGGCCGCCGCAUUCGCGCUCCUCGUGGGCUGGUUCGAUGGCACAAACUGCGGCAGUGCGUGGUCUUGGGCUGGCAUCAGCUUGUCGCGCGGCAAUCACUGUGGUCAGUGGCGCGCGGCGCAGGCCUUUUCUUUCCUGAGCUUGGUCGUGUGGUUCACGACUUUCGUGCUGGGCGUUGUUACGUACUACCGCUUGGCUUGCCAGCCUGUAGUGAAUGAAGGCCCUGGGAAGAGCUUUGGCGGUCGCCGCUCGCGCGUUUGA